AUGGAGAAGCUUGCUGAAGAUUUGAGAAUGGAAAUCCUUCUUCGCUUGCCUGACUUUAAAUCUAUCCUGCGUUGCAAGUGUUUAUCCAAGUCAUGGUACUCAUUGAUCUCUAGCCCUAAAUUCACCGAUCUGCAUUUUCAGCGAUCUUCUUCCCAACACGCCCAUCGAUUCCUUUACACAAAUCCUCCAGAACGAAUAAGGUCCAUAGAUAUCAAUGCCUCAUUCAAUGAUCAUUCUGCUACUAUCGAGCUUGAUUUCCCCCUUAUCAAACCAUACACUGAUAUUAACAUCAUUACUUCUUGCAGAGGCUUUCUGCUCCUCAUGCUCGUCAAAGACCAACUUCUUUUUCUAUGGAAUCCCACUACAGGUCUCCACAAGCAGAUCUCAAAUCCUCCGCUUCCAUGGGUACCUACAAUUUCGUAUGGCUUUUGUUAUGAUGAAUCCGUUGAUGAUUACUUAGUGGUCGCAUUUAACUUCAAUGAUCCAUCUUGGUUGGAAAGCUUUGUGAUCUUCUCUCUAAGAACCAAUUCAUGGCAAAAACUUACUAUCAGUGAUAGUUACCAACUUCCCAAGAUAACAAUCCCUUUCCCAGUUAAAUCUGGUUCUUUCCUGAACGGCUCAAUUCAUUGGUUAAUCUCGUGUUGUGAUCCACCCCAGGUAGAAGCAAAGAUCAUUGCAUUGGAUAUAACAACAAAGGAUUUACGAGAAAUUCCUGGGCCACCUGAUGAUGAUGAUAAUUGCAUGAACUAUGAUCUGGGAGUGCUUGGAGGAUUCCUUACUAUAACUUCUUAUUACAAAACAACUCCUUGGGUGAAGUUAAGAUAUGGAGGAUGA